CGGGGCGGGUGUACACAAAGUGCACGUGUAUAAAGCUCAUGCCACUCUGCUGCUCUGCACACACGUUUUGUCGGACACUCGGAGGCAUCAUCAUCAUCAUCAUCAUCAUCCUCCUCCCGGACACCGAUCGUCCACUCACACGGCUUGAUUUUUUCCCGCGGCUACUUUGAACACACCGGAGGAAUUAACUCCGUUUAGGAUAUGACCAUGAGGCCCCUCUGUUUGUCUGCAUUCGUAGCUGUGCAUCUCGCUAUAUGCAUCGCUGAUGCCGGAACGUCUUCCCGGAACUCUAUCAAGAACCUGCAGCCUGGAGCAGCGGGAAGUCCAGCUGAGCCGGUGAGCGCGAGCCCGCACGUGCCAAAGACAGAGCCGGCAGCCGGAGUGCGCACAGUGCCUCAGGGCUGUAGCGGGGUUUCUCUGUGCGGUGCUGCUGAGUUCUGUUCCCGUGGGACCUGUCAGCCGUGCCGCAAACGCAGGAAGAGAUGCGCUCGAGACUCCAUGUGCUGCACAGGAAACCGCUGCAUUAACGGUGUUUGCCAAGCAGAUGAAGUAAACGCCACUCAGUCUGUCAGCACUACAAUUAGCACUAAGCAGGGUACCGAGGUUCAAGGAAAUCCUACAAGCGAUUUAGGUGACCAAAACAAGACAGUGGUGACACAGGAGGCUAAAAAUACAACUGUCAUCUCUCCAAGACCACCUGAUCUACUGAAAGGUCUUGAAGGGGAGUCGUGUCUGAGGUCCUCAGACUGCUCCAAGGGUCUGUGCUGCGCUCGCCACUUCUGGUCACGUAUCUGUAAGCCAGUGCUGACUGAGGGCCAGGUGUGCACGCGUCACCACCGCAAAGACACUCACGGCCUGGAGCUCUUCCAGCGUUGCGACUGCGAUCAGGGCUUGGUGUGCCGGGCCAAGAAAGAACAAGGGUCAAAAAAGCAGCAACAGAAUAUACAGCAGCAAGAGCAGCAGCAACAGCAACAGCCACGCAAAAACAACAGAAACCUCCACAUAUGCCAGCUACACUGAGGCAGCAGGACUUUUUAUUUUUUAUUUAUGACAACUGGCUUAUAAUAUGCCCAAACUCACACACAUGCAUAUUCACACACAUACACAUACAUUCAAUAUCACAUGUGCAUGCAUGGACAAAUGCAGAAGGGAUACAGAAAACUGACUCCGGGAAAGGAUGCUCCACUAAAAGGAUUGAUCAUAUUUUGCAGAUGGAUGCAGAAAAAGCACACUGUGUGGAAGACUGAAUGCAGGACUCUGCUACUGAAGACAGAUAUUCCUUUUAUUUCUUAUCAGAGUCUUUACAAAGGCAGAAAGAUGCUUCCCUUUAUAAGGGAACUAUAAAUAUAUUUGCAGUAAAUUACUGUAUUGUACGUGGCACUUAACUGAACUUAUCAAUUCUGUAACAGUAGUAUGAGACCAGGUGCUGCAUGACACUAUGCUAAUAAUGUAAAUAUGCAAAUGAUAUGAUUUAUAUUGUUAUUUAGUGUGAUAUCAAAACCCUAUUUUUAUUUUAAACUUAAUUAAGAUAUCGCUUUUAUUAAAACUAUUACAGUUUGAUCCAGAAAUAAAACACUGAUUCUUUGGCCUUUUCCAGAGCCAACGAGAACCUAUGCUAGAUUUCACAUAAAUUGCUGUAAAGUUGAAAAGUUAACCCCUUAAAUUCCCAGGACUCAUCAACGUCUCUAGACUUUCCUCACCCUUGUAUCUACAGACCUUUUGCUAAUACUUUGACCAUAUUGUUUAGAAAUAGCUAGGAAAAGAUAAACAAUGCUAAAGAGUACUGAGAAAUAGUACUGGGUAAUAUGCUGAAAGUUUAAGGGGAUGCUUAAAUAAAAUAAUUGUUUUUACCAAGAGAAAACGUCUGCUAUGUGACCUAAAGCAGAAUGUCUUGCAUUAUGUUCUGAUUUUACAUGAGAACUGGACAAAUAUACAGUUAUUAUAGUUUGUCCACACUGGGGAAAAAACUCUUAUUUAAAUUUCUUAAAGUUCUUAUUAUAAUUAAUGCACAAGAGUCAUUCAUGGGGGAAAACACCACACAUUUAGCAAUAAGUUUAAUCUUUAUGAAUCUAAACAUUUUUAGCUACUAAUCAGUACUGCACAGAUCAUUCGCCCAUAUACACAAAAUACAUCUUUAUAUAAGAAUGCCCUCCUUAAAUUCCCGGGAUUUUCUUAUGACAAAGCAUUUCAGUAGGAUAAAGGAACGGACUUUGACUUGUCUAUUUAUAACAUUUGCGUUCUCACAUUAUACACAGAUGUCCUGACACUCUCUUGUCCAUUUGGAAGCCAACCAGGCCUUAAGGCAGGAAAUGAGCUCCAUACUAUAAUAUUCCCAGCAUGCCUGGGAAAUGGGAUGAGGUUUUCAUGUUGGUCUCCAAAACUGUUUUCUCCAAACAUAACACCUUGUAUUUUUAACAAAAGCUCUACUCACACAACAUUUCUCCAGUAGCACUGUGGAAUAUCUGUCACAAUUAAUACUGAGUGGUUUAUGCCAUGAUAUCUACUCAUAUAAACAUCCCACUUUGUAGACUCAUUCAGACAUUAUAUAAAAGUGC